UUGUUGGUAGUAGAAGUGCCACGUCUCCGAAGAAGGGGGAGUCCUCAACUUGCCAGAGGUCCUCGGCCCUAAUUCUUCAGCUAAAUUUUAACUCUAUGAAGUCAGGGGCCCUUUCUCUGUUUUCGUAGGGACUUCUUUCCAGCUCCAACAACAUGAGGUUAUUUUUGUGGAAUGUGGUCUUGACGCUGUUAGUCCCCUCUUUGAGUGGGGCUCUGAUCCCUGAGCCAGAAGUGAAAAUUGAAAUUCUCCAGAAGCCGUUCAUCUGCCAUCGCAAAACGAAAGGAGGGGAUUUGAUGUUGGUGCACUAUGAGGGUUACUUAGAAAAGGACGGCACCUUAUUUCACUCCACUCAUAAACAUAACAAUGGUCAGCCCAUUUGGUUUACCUUGGGCAUCCUGGAGGCUCUCAAAGGCUGGGACCAGGGCUUGAAGGGAAUGUGCGUAGGAGAGAAGAGAAAGCUUAUUAUUCCUCCUGCCCUGGGAUAUGGAAAAGAAGGAAAAGGUAAAAUUCCCCCAGAGAGUACAUUGAUAUUCAACAUUGAUCUCUUAGAAAUUCGAAAUGGACCAAGAUCACAUGAAUCAUUCCAAGAAAUGGAUCUCAACGAUGACUGGAAACUCUCUAAACAAGAGGUUAAAGUGUAUUUAAAGAAAGAGUUUGAAAAGCAUGGUGCAGUGGUGAAUGAGAGUCAUCAUGAUGUUUUGGUGGAGGAUAUUUUUGAUAAAGAAGAUGAAGACAAAGAUGGAUUUAUAUCUGCCAGAGAAUUUACAUAUACACAUGAUGAGUUGUAGAGAUAUGUCUGCCAAUGUUAUAGAACAUUCAUCUUUAAAGAGAAGGCUGUUGUCCUUAAAGACUUAUUUUUUA